GAGGUGAAAGGUCACACUGCAGUUUGGCGGCCAUUUCUCUUUAAGCUCAGUGGUUCGGGACCUGUGAUAGCUUCUGUAGUCGCGAGGGACAGGCGGCGGCUCGGUUGGCGGCGAGUAGCUUGCAGCAUUCACUCGUAGUUACCAUGAGUUUGCCCCUCAAUCCCAAACCUUUCCUCAAUGGAUUAACAGGAAAACCAGUGAUGGUGAAACUUAAGUGGGGAAUGGAGUACAAGGGCUACCUGGUAUCUGUAGAUGGCUAUAUGAACAUGCAGCUUGCAAAUACAGAAGAAUACAUAGAUGGGGCAUUGUCUGGACAUCUGGGUGAAGUUUUAAUAAGGUGUAAUAAUGUCCUUUAUAUCAGAGGUGUUGAAGAAGAGGAAGAAGAUGGGGAAAUGAGAGAAUAGCAUCUUUUCCGUUUUUUUAUAUAUAUAUAUUUCUAGACAAUAAAGGUUUGUUUGUUUUUCCAACUUGA